AUGCUGAAGCCGCAGCCCUCCGUCAAACUCAUCCGGUCCAACACUGGGGCCGGCUACAAGUGCGUCCGCUACGCGCCCAUCAAGGGCUCUGAGCGGUGCUACGUUGUCUAUGUGGAUCGCGCUGGCGCCAAGACUUGUCUCGGCCGCUUUGCGACGCCCGAGGAGGCAGCGUACUGCUACGCAACCUCGCCCGAGGGGCUGAAAGACGCGGCCAAGAUCGCCAAGGCGGAGGCGCCGGAAAUGACGAGCGCCGAGGCCACAGCGACGGCCACCGAGGAGGAGCUGGAGCUGCAUACGAACGGCUCGGGCUUUGUGGGCGUCUUCCAAACGCCUCCGGCCUUCAGACUGCCUUGGGUGGUUAAGGUGCGGCGCGGCCACAAGGUCGUGAGCCUCGGCUACUUCGCCUCCUCGGGCACGCGCUUCCUGGGCGUGCAUGCCAUGCCAGCGGGACGGCGGCUGCCCUUCCGCGCCUCUUAUUCGCGUGACGGACUCGAGAUCAGCCUCGGCUACUUCGCCACCGCGGAGGAGGCCGCCCUCUGCCGCGCGCGGGAGCUCGCGGCCCAGGCCGACGCCCCCCCCGCCGCCGACGACGAGCUGACCGCGACUUGCCCCAUCUGCAUCGAACCGAUCGAGGCCGACUCUGCCCCGAUGCUCGAGGAGCAUGCCUCCGUCGAGGCCGAGCGCGCCGCGCGCGCCGAGGCCACCGCCCGCUCCGACGAGCAGCAGGCGGCGUUCGUGUACCACAGCGGCGUGCCCCGCCCCGUGGACCUGGCACGCUGCGGCUACCGUCCGCUCUUCAGCCAGCGGCGUGGCGGGCACAUGGCCCGCGGCGAGGCGCACCCGCGGGCGGCGAGGCCCGUCAGACCCGACCCGCCCGGCGACAACUAUGACGUGGUCGAGGCAGCGCAGCGCCGCCUCGACGCGCGGCGCCGCCUCGACGCUGACGCUGCUAAGAAGCAGAAGAAGGAGUAG